UUGAUGUGGGCAGACGGAGAGUCCUGCGAUUUGACUCUUUGAUCCUGCCUCCUCCUGGUCUGACGCCAUGGGAGUGACUUGUGUGUCCCAGAUGCCUGUUGCUGAGGGCAAGAGUAUCCAGCAGACUGUGGAGCUUCUCACCCGGAAGUUGGAGAUGCUUGGGGCAGAGAAGCAAGGGACAUUUUGUGUGGACUGUGAAACUUACCACACAGCUGCCUCUACUCUUGGCAGCCAAGGUCAGACUGGGAAGCUGAUGUAUGUGAUGCACAACUCAGAGUACCCAUUGAGCUGUUUCGCCCUCUUUGAGAAUGGCCCUUGUCUUAUUGCUGACACCAACUUUGAUGUGCUCAUGGUAAAGCUCAAGGGCUUUUUCCAGAGUGCUAAGGCCAGCAAGAUUGAGACCCGAGGCACCCGUUACCAGUACUGUGACUUCCUGGUGAAGGUGGGCACAGUCACAAUGGGGCCCAGUGCCCGGGGCAUCUCUGUGGAGGUGGAGUAUGGCCCCUGUGUGGUAGCUAGUGACUGCUGGAGUCUGCUGCUUGAAUUUCUACAGAGUUUUCUAGGCAGCCACACACCAGGGGCUCCUACAGUAUUUGGGAACAGACAUGAUGCAGUCUACAGCCCAGCAGAUACCAUGGUCCAGUACAUGGAACUCUUCAACAAGAUCCGCAAACAGCAGCAGGUGCCAGUGGCUGGGAUUCGUUAGGGACCAGCAGCUGCCAGCUGAGUUAUCACCAGGUGUGCUGCACAGGAAGAGCAGGUGGUGCACUCUCAGGUCCCUGGACCCCAGAAACCCAGGGCAGACACAGGCUACUCUCUCUCUUUGGUUCCCAGCUGCGGCUUUUGGUCUGGGGAUCUGGACUUCCCUUCCCUGACCCUCACACACAGCCCCCCAACAGUUGCUUUACCCCAUGCCUUAUUGGAUUUGGCCUGUCCUCAAGAAUGGUAAUUAUGAAGAAUGGAGACGUUUGGACCUUUCCUGCUUAAGGGAAAAGGUAGGAUGGGGUGUCCCUGCCUAGUGUUGGUGGGGAAAAACAGUCUGUGUCCCCAACUACAAAACUGCAAACAUGCUGUGUUUUGUGUUUGGGCUGUGCUAUAAUAAAACCUCUUCCUUUACUCAAAGGAUUUGACUA